UUUUUUGGAAUUUUCAUUCCAGGAGUUUCUCCAGUAAUUUAACUGAUAAUUCCACUGCUCGGUCCACUUGAAACUCGGAUUCCAGCUUUUAUCAAUCCUAUAAAUGGUCACCCUUGAGCUUAUCUGUCCGCAGUUAAGUAGCCGCAGUCAACCCGUGACGUAUCGCCAUGAUUUCACGAGUCAGCCUUUUGGCAAUUACCUUCACUCUCGCGGCAACCGGCACUCUAGCAGUACCGUUCCCUUGCUCCUCCUCAGGUCGCAUCGUCGGAGGCUACCCAGCCAACAUCACGGACAUUCCCUUCCAGGUAUCGCUCCAGCAUGACCUCGGACACUUUUGCGGUGGUUCCAUCAUCAGCAGUCGGUGGAUUUUGAUGGCCGCCCAUUGUGCCGGUAGCACCGAUAGACCAUCGUUUAAGGUUCGCGUCGGAUCCAGUCUGAGCAAUGAGGGCGGUCAACUGCUGACGCCGAAGCGAGUCAUCGCACAUCCACAGUUUGACACUGGUACCGUCGAUUACGACUUCGGUCUGCUGGAGCUGAGCGAAGAACUAAAGCUGGAUAACCUGCUCUACACCGUUGAGCUUCCGAAGCAGGACGAACCGGUCCAGGAUGGAACGUGCCUUCGGGUUUCCGGAUGGGGUGACACUCUGAAUGCUUCCGAGAAUGGUUAUCAACUGAAAGCUUCCAAUAUUCCGGUUGUUAACCAGGAAAAAUGCUCGGAGGCGUACGAACAUUUCGGUGUGGUGACUCCGCGGAUGAUUUGCGCCGGUUAUGAGAUUGGGGGUGACAACGCCUGUCAUGGAGAUUCCGGAGGUCCACUGGUCGAUGGCUCGAAGCUGGUGGGUGUGGUUUCGUGGAGUUUUGACUGUGCAGCUGAGGGAUUCCCCACGGUGUACGCUCGGGUGGCUGCCGUUCGAAGCUGGAUCAAGGAAGUCAGUGGAGUUUAACACUGUGUUUAGGAAUGAAACUUAUUGAAAUUGCAAAAAAAUAAAUCUGUUUUCAUUAACACAA